AUGUCCGCAAGCACUGUUGCCGUAUCAGUGCUCUCAUUGUUGUGGACCAAGAUUAAGAAACGGGUCCAGAGGAAAAUCCUCAAGGUCAUCAGUAUUUGUUGCAUCUUCGUUGGUGUGAUGGUCUAUCUCCGUUGGGAUACCCAACCUCGACAUCACAAGCCAUUCGAAGCUCCAUCCACAGAGGUCAUCAUCCAUGGAAAUCCUGUGAACGGCUUACCAGAACCAAAAUACGCUCUCAAUCCCUUUCCCCCGUCUCCAAUGAGAAACGAAACAAAAAGCUGGGCGCAGAAUGAACAACAUCAUCCAUGGCUCGCUGCCGUCAUAUCAGCAGCAGGAGACGCUGAACGAAGAAUGCUCAUACGCUCCAGCUGGAUGCAGCUCUUCCGAGACGUGCCUUCCGACGGUCGCUUCGUCGUCUCGAACCCGGGUCAGCGGUGGACCGAAGCGGUGGCCAGCGAGAAUCGCACAUAUGGGGACAUGAUUGUAUUGGACAACAUCGCGGAGGACGACGUCACCGCAAACACCGUCAAAACACUCGAGCUCUACAGGUGGCUGGUCAGAAACGACGUGCGUUACGAAUUCGUCUCCAAGAUGGACACGGACCUUUGGCUGAACGCGCGUGGAUUCUGGGAUCGUUUCCUAGUCCCACGGAUGACCAAAUCUUCCUUGGAUGGGCAUCUCGUGAGCACUGCCAAUCACACUGUCAUCGGAGAACUGUAUUAUUCCAGAACCGACGACCUGGUCUUCCCUCACGGGGCCAUGUACACAAUGACGUGGGAUAUGGUGGAGCUCCUUGCAUCUCUACAGGAGAAUUUUCAGGUUGUCACGGGAGAGGACAUGGCUCCAGCCGUGUUGAUGCUGAAGGGCGGCCAAAAAGCCGACUUUGUGAACUUCAAGGGCACAGAGAAAUUCGACUACGAUGAUGCUGACGCUCGUGGGGACGGGACAGCCUGGGCAAGAAGGCAAACACACCCUAACGCAACAUAUCACGCUCUUAUCGCCGAAGAACCUAUCGCGGUGCACCGACUCAAGGACGAGAGAGUGUGGAAUAAAGUCGCCGACUGCUUUGAUCAAAAUGGCAUCAAGGAGAUGCCGCCGCACCCCCGGUCCGGGCCUUGGCGAUCAUUGCCAACGCUGUGGCACGACUUUUGGACGUGGGUGGGAGUGUCCGGCCAGUAUGACUCUCGCUUUGACCAGAUCCCUGGAUUCUUGUGGGAGCUGGACGGAGAAGGAGAUUGGAUCUGCGACGGGAUAUGGAAUUUGGGCACGUCGGAACGGAAUCUGAGUUCCAAAAGCCCGUAG